ACAGUGUAGGUUCAUGCACUUUCCCCAAACACUGCACGGUCUCAAACUAAAGCACUGAUUGAGCUUAUGCACGGGUUAAAACUAACGGAUUGAUUGUUUUGCGACAGAAGCAUUGAGUUCUAUCAUCGUCCUCCCCCUCUGUGUGUGUUUCUAUCAGGGUGGAUCAAUGCAGGAGCCUGGGCUCCACACACACACACACACACACACACACACACACACACACACGCGCGCUCGUCCUGUCCGCGCAUCCGCAGCGUCGCGUCGCUCUGCCUCUAUCUCGCUCGCGGCUGACGCGGGCCGCUCCUGGAUGUGUGCAUGUUAUAGUCCGGAAAGCCGCCGCCGCGUCGCAGGUUGAAGGCCCGGAGACAUGCCGGUGUGACGGGGAUCGGACAUUCCUAUCUUCCGCGCUAUCUUGGCUAAGCCCGGCUCCGCGGCUCUGCUGUACCGAGCGGCCUGUAAACACAAGAUGUCGACCCGAACACCAUUGCCCACCGUGAACGAGCGCGACGCCGAGAAUCACACGUCUGUCGAUGGCUACACGGACACACCAGCACCUCCCACGAAAUCAGCGAGUCGUCAGAGUCUCCCGCGCUGCCGCAACUCAGUGGCGUCCCUCACAGACGAACAGCCUCACGUCGGGAACUAUAGACUCCUCAAAACCAUCGGCAAAGGCAACUUUGCUAAAGUCAAACUUGCCCGCCAUGUUUUAACAGGAAGAGAGCACACGUCUGUCGAUGGCUACACGGACACACCAGCACCUCCCACGAAAUCAGCGAGUCGUCAGAGUCUCCCGCGCUGCCGCAACUCAGUGGCGUCCCUCACAGACGAACAGCCUCACGUCGGGAACUAUAGACUCCUCAAAACCAUCGGCAAAGGCAACUUUGCUAAAGUCAAACUUGCCCGCCAUGUUUUAACAGGAAGAGAGGUCGCGGUGAAGAUCAUCGAUAAAACACAGCUCAACCCCACAAGCCUACAAAAGGUUUUUGGAAGUGUGGUCCUAAACAAGACGAGGACCAGCCAGGAUCAGAUGGUCACAGAUGACUUCCGUUUGUGA